CUCGUAUAUUUCAAGAUCAGAUCGGAUCAGGGAUAUGCUCCACUAUUUUGGUCGGCAUGCGCCGCGAAAGUACACUGUUCCUGACAUUCACCCCAUUGUUUCGCCGCCUCGGGAUCCUUGCGAAAUCUGCCUUUCGCGGGCAUGGACAUCCGACUUCUACACCGCGCUGAUCGAUCUUCCAAUCGAGAUACAAUCCCACUGCAUCAAGUACAGGGUCUCGUCACAAGAGCUCCGAAGAUCGACUCUACAAGGCUGCAAAUUUUGCCGCACGCUCGCUGAUGGAAUUCAUGGCAAGUUGUUUUACGAUGAUCUGUACCAACGCUUCAGGGGUAAAGAGACAGGUAGUGUCUCUGCUGGCACCGAUAACUGUGUAGUAAUGGAAGACGAGAUAGCUGAUCAAGACGCUGAAAAGGAGGAAGAUGACUGGAACGAUGCGUCCGGUUUUAACGAAGAAUUGAUUGAUAACGACCCCACUGAUGGCUGGGGUGCUUGGAUAGACCACGAUACGCUGAUGGAAGCAUGUAUUCUUGAAGUAGCGAUAUCGUUCGAGAGAGGAAAAGAAGAAGAAUGUUUCACGAUUGUGAACGUAUAUAUAGAAGCUGUCGAACAACCCACCGAGGAAGGCAAUGUGCUGCAAAAUUUGCAUGGCGUGGAGCUGCGAUAUCAUAUCAGCACAGAUUGGGGCGGCCUACCUGAACUUGACAAGAUCUUCCCGGCCAAAGCAAGUGACAGCACCCUUGGAUCAGAAAAGAAUAUGGAAACUAUACAGCACUGGGUGCGUUCUCUCGCAUUUGUCCCUCAAUCAAGCACCACGAACUCUACGCAGAUACCUGGUAGGCUGAUAGAGCUACAAUACGGCGACACCCUCCGCGUUUGCGAUUCCUCAAGCAUACUCCCAUCAGACAAGAGCUUUGCGGCACUAAGCUAUGUAUGGGGAGCCAGUCAAGACUUUAUCCUACUUAGCACCAAUAUAGACUCGCUGAUGAGAGGUUUCACGCCUGAAAAACUGCCACAGACUAUUCGAGAUGCUGUCACGGUCACUCGCCGUGUUGGGCUUCGAUAUCUCUGGGUUGAUGCACUAUGCAUCAUACAGGAUUCUGACCAAGACAAACUGCGAGAGCUCCCCAAUAUGGGUCUCAUCUACAAGUAUGCUACUGUGACAAUCGUGGCUUCUGUUGCCAAGUUCGCUACGGAAGGAUUUUUGAACCACAUCGCGGAGCAAAAGAGUUAUGAAAUCGAUCCAGUCGCUAUCCCUUAUCGUACAGACAAUGCCCUGUACGACCGGGCUCAGCUGGUCUUAAGCUACCCUGCCACAUAUAACCGAUUCGACGAUCCCAUCAAUGACCGAGCAUGGACAUUCCAGGAGCUCAUGCUCUCAACACGGGCAAUUCUCUUUACAUACCGCGGUAUACAGACAAUCAACCGUGAAAAUAUAAAGCCUGUAGAAGGCCCAAUGUCAAAAACGGAUUAUCAACUGCCUAACUUAUCCUGGAGCGGAAAACUAUUUUCACUGGCUACAUCUCCGGAGAACAUACGUCAGGUAUGGCUAUCAGCCCGAGGAGAAUACAGUCGGCGUAAUAUUACGUAUCAAACCGAUAGGUUGCUGGCUAUAUCUGCUAUCGCCCAAGAAAUAGGUCGCGUGUAUCAGGGCAGGUAUCUCGCCGGAAUGUGGGAACAUGACCUCGCCGUAGAUUUGGGGUGGAAAGUUGCACGAGAGUUCAACGAGGGCGACGAGACAAUUCUCCCUAGGCUUCGCGCAAAAGAAUACGUAGCGCCAUCGUGGAGCUGGGCCUCCGUGGACGGCAGUGUGGAAAGCUAUGCAGACAACUCCGGAGGCGAAACGAUGGACUUCCAAGUCGUUUCAUGCGACGUGGAGCUAGCUGUCCCAGGAUUCACGCAUGGCGCCGUCAAGUCAGGAGUCUUGGCUGUCAAAGGGCGCAUUUGCACAUGCUUCUGGCGAUGGCAUCCACACGCCUAUCUCAAGAGCCUCAAAUCUCAUGGCUCCCUAGCAACACAACACUUUCCUGAUUCUGGAGGGUAUUGGGAUUUUAUCUGCGGCGAGGCGACCGCCGAUGCGCUUGAACCAGAACUACAGCAUAACACGGAGGUCAUGUGUUUGGCAACACGCCUUACUAGGAUCACACCCAUCAGAUAUCACGUAGAAGGCUUGAUGCUGCUUCCAGUAGAUGGGCAACGAUAUCGACGAGUUGGGUUCUUCACAAUCUCAGAUACAGCUGUUUUCGAUACUGUUAAUGUGCAGGAAAUUACCAUUGUCUAG